AUGGGAUUUUUUAUUCGUGAUCUUCAUAAUCACAUCGUAGGGCUUCAUGCUCAACAGUUUGCUGAACGUUCAAUUUUGAAUUCAUUUACUGUGUAUCGUGGUCAAGGAUUGAUGAAGGCUGACUUUGAUCGAAUGAUAACGACACAAGGUGGACUAUUAUCAUUUAACAAUUUUUUAUCGACUAGUAUGGAUCGUCAAGUAUCUCUUGCCUUUGCUGAUAGUAACCAAAGUGCACCUGAUCGGAUAGGUGUUCUCUUUGCAAUAACUAUUAAUUCAUCAAUAUCUAAUACUGUUUUCGCAAACAUCCGCGAUGUCAGUUAUUUCACAGAAGAAGAAGAAAUUCUCUUCUCCAUGCAUUCCAUUUUUCGUAUAGGAUCAAUAAAACAAAUCGAUGGAAAUGAUUGUCUUUGGGAAGUCGAUUUAACGUUGACUAUUGAUAACGAUCCUGAUCUUCAGAUACUUACUGAACAAAUGCGUAAAGAGACCUAUCCUGAGCAGAAAGGAUUCAGUCGUUUGGGAGCAUUGCUGAUUAAACUGGGACAGUUCAACAAAGCCGAAGAAGUUUGUGGUGUAUUGCUCGAUCAAACAAAGACUAACUCAGGAAAAGCAUCGAUAUAUGAUAUGCUCGGCAUGGUGAAACGUGGCCAAGGUGAAUACAAGGAAGCCGUUGCCUAUUAUAACAAAUCUAUGGAAAUCAAACAAAAAGUUCUCUCAUCAACGGAUGCCGAUUUGGGUACUUCUUACAACAACAUAGGUUUGGUAUAUGAAAACAUGGGUGACUAUUCAACUGCACUUGAGUCUCAUCAAAAAGCACUGGAAAUUUGUCAAAAAACUCUUCCUUCAAAUGAUCCUCAUUUGGCUAAUUCUUACAAUAACAUUGCUUCGGUGUAUGCCAACAUGGGUGCAUAUUCGAAUGCCCUUUCAUAUUAUACAAAAGGCCUCGAAAUUUCUCAAAAAACUCUUCCUUCACAUCAUCCUCACUUGGCUACUUCUUACGACAACAUUGGAAUGGUGUAUUCCAACAUGGGUGACUAUCCGAAAGCACUUGAAUCUCAUCAAAAAGCACUGAAUAUCUACCAAAAAACUCUACCUUCAAAUCAUCCUGACUUGGCUGCUUCUUACAACAACAUUGGUUUGGUGUAUUGCAACAUGGGUGACUAUUCGAAUGCACUUUCAUAUUAUCAAAAGGGCCUCGAAAUUUGUCAAAAAACUCUUUCUUUAAAUCAUCCUAUAUUGGCUAUAUUUUACAUGAACAUUGCUUCGGUGUAUAACAAGUUGCGUGAUUAUCCGGAUGCACUUGAAUCUCAUCAAAAAGCACUGAAUAUCUACCAAAAAACUCUACCUUCAAAUCAUCCUCAUUUGGCUAAUUCUUACAACAACAUUGGUUCGACAUAUGACAAAAUGGGUGACUAUUCGAAUGCUCUUUCAUAUUAUAAAAAAGGCCUCGAAAUCGGUCAAAAAACUCUUCCUUCAAAUCAUCCUCAUUUGGCUACUUCUGAUCAAUUAAUCUCAAAUGAUAUUAAUGAGCAACCAUAUCGUUUUUUUUUAUCAGAAAAAAAGAAUGAAAAUCUAUUUGAAAAGAACAAAUCAUUUGAUGAUUUUUGUACAUUAAGUCAAACAUAUUAUGGUAUUAUUGAAAAAGAUAAGCAUUUAAAUAAUAAUAAUUUAGAUAUUGAAAAUUCUUUAAUUAAAUUAGCUUAUCAACGUUUACAACUUUUACAUGAAGUUAAUAAAACAAAUGUUGAAAGAAAAACUUCAAACUAA